AUGGAGUUGAAACUGCCUUUAUUUUUACUUUUUCUUGUGGGAAUAUCUAAUGCAAACUUAGUGAUUUCUAGUGUGACAUCCAGUUUUGAAACAUCAGAAAGUGCGUGCUUCAUGAGUUCAGUUGAAAGUGAUUGUUUAUUUGUUUACCGCCGUAUUAAAUAUUUAAAACGAAGAAUUAAAUAUAGCUGUGGACAUCCUGGAUCAUUCAACCCCGCUGUCAUAACGAACAAAGAAGCUCAUAUGGUCUAUGGCAACAUGAAUAAUGCAGCUGGAACUUCGCAAACGUCUAGCUUCGGAAAAAAGAAAACGACGAAAAUUUCAGACUAUUUUUUCAAGAAUGAACAAGCAUCUGUUUCGGAAACAG